ACACGGCAGCACUUUCGACAUGUUUGGAACGCUUGUGGUGAAACUUUUAAUAAAAAUCAGUGAAUAAGUUUGAUCAGCAGAGAUUUGCAGGUGACACUAUUAAGAAGAUAGUUGAUUUGGCUACGCCGACUAGCAAUGGACGAAAAAGCAGAUGUUACGCCGCCAGAAGAUGAAAUGCCUGCUGCUGCUGCUGCCACAGACGCUAUUACGAGCGCGGGAAAUAGUAGUGACGACAUUUUAACAACAGGCACUGAUUCAAUAAUAUCUACUGAAAUAGUUGCAUCUACAGAGACAGAUACUUUAACACAGACACUCACAACAACAGAAUCUACUACAACUUCCACCAUCACCAUUGAGUCUUCAGCUUCUGAAACUUCUACAACAAAUAUUUCUGCACCCAUAGACAGUUUCAUUUCUUCAGAUGCUUUAUCUGUAGCAGAUGCUCUGACUUCUGUAGACGAUUUAAGGUCCGCAGAAGAAUUAACUUCUGAGAAUGUUAAAGCUUCUGCAAAUAAUGUUAUGAAUAAAGUGUCUUCUAUAGAUACCGUGAAUACCUCGCCUGUUUGUCAGUUGGAAGAGGAAUUGAAAAGAUUGCACGAAGGCGACCCACCAGAAGAUGCAAAGGUAGAAAAUACACUACCAGAGCCAGAGAAAACUCCGAAUGUUGAAAAAUCGGAAGUAGAGACAAAACUUCCAAAACCAGUUUCAACCUCACAGCCUACAAAUAAGCCAGUGGUUGAGUUAACCAAAAUAGAGGUACAUCCCGAAGAAAUGUUGGCUGCCGAUAAUGUAUCGAAAGAUCCAGUCUUGAUUACAAAAGCACAAGAAGAUUUCAAAUAUUUGGACGUGCUGGUAUGUGGCAGGUGCCAUGAAGUUUUUCAUUUUGUGGAAGAUUUCCAACUACAUAAAAGCGGUGUACCAUGCAAUGACAAGUCACACUUAGUCACAACUUGUGAUGGUGAAAGUAAGCCUCAAGUGUGGGGAUUUACUUUGUGGAAACACAAGCAACAUAAAUUGCUGAAAGAGAGUGACAAUGUACCAUCUUCCUGGGCUGUAUAUCAAAAAUGGUGCAAACUACCGCAGGCUGAUAAAGAUGCUUGGAUAACCGCUGGACAGACUAUACAAUUUUGUUCAAAAAUCAGCACUGCUAAAAUUGCAGAGACGAAAUCUAAAGUGGUGUCGCCGACAAAACAAGUAGAGAAGGAUCCUUUAGCCCUGGAUGGGUUCGCAGAAAGCAACAAAGAGAAUUCCAUAGUAGGAAAUGUAGAUACUAAACCGAGUGAUGUUAUAAAAAAGACAAUAGUGAAACCUGUGAGAUUGAAUAAUGACGUCACAAUUCUACCUAGUUCUAAGUCCAGUGGAGAUGCCAACUCCAAUAAAGCUCUCCGUACUGUGAGAAGCACCGAAAAACGGGAAUACGUGGUGGAGAGGAUCGUUGCGAAGCGUUUUAAUCCCAAGAGAAAAACAUGGGAGUACCAAAUUAAAUGGGAGAACUUCUCAAGCGAUCAGAAUACGUGGGAGCCUCUUUCCAAUCUUAACCAUUGUAAGCAAAUGGUAGAGGAGUUUGAGGAACAGCUGAAGAAGUUGAAAGCUGAAAAAGCCAAGCAGCAGGCGGCCGGACUUGUGGCAAAGGGCAGGGGAAGGCCUUUGAAACCUUCGCCUACAAUUUCAACUCCAAGUUCCUCAUUCAGCAAUGAUUCAACACCUGGACGGCCGACUAGAACAAGCAAGCAGAAAGCUCUGAAUCAGGUCAAAGCGUGGUGCGGCAAUAUUUCGGACACAGAUGAAGGAGGCGUGAAGAGAUCAUUUGAAGACGAUGACAGCGAUGACUCGUUUGAGAAGAAAAUGAAGUAUGAAGACUAUUCAGACGAUUCUGAUGUUGACAUAAAACCCAGAUUGACACAGUUUAAGAAGAUAGCGCCCAAACCUAUACAGCCACCGGUACAAAUAAUCAAGAAUGGAAUUGGUGCAAUAAGUCCUUUACCCCAAAAUGUUCUGAUACCAGACGCGAACGGUGUCGUCAGAAUAAACCAGAAACAACUGCCUUCGUUGAGUACCGGAGUCUACAUCAUGUCCAAAACAGCAGGGAUAAUCAAACUUGAUUCUACCACCUCAAAGGUGGCCACCAGUGGAGGACAAACUAUCGUGAAAGUGGCUCCUAAGAUAGGUCAGACGCAAAUUAAAAUUGUUAAAAAAGACGGGCAGACCACAACGACGAAGCAGAUCAUCCAGAUGACACCGAAUCGGUCCACGGUAAGCACACCAACAAAAACCUUCAAACCUGUCAUAACAAAGGUGAAAAAAGCACCGGAAAUCUCACCUAAAGUGACGAUCACACCAAAGGCGACGCCCACUCUAACUAAAAUAAUUGUGAAGCCCAAAGAGGAGCCCAAGAAGCAGCCCCCUCCGCCUCCCCCGCCUAAAGACGAUGAAUCCGACGAUGGCUUGGAAGAAUUGCCCUUCCCCGAUGAAAUAAAGUUACCGGAGCCCGAGAGCCCUCCGGGUGAGUUCAUUCUGGAUCCCAUUACUGGAAAAAUAGCGGGACGGGAAUACCCCGAUCCUGAACCCGAACCAAUACCUGAACCGGAGGAAGAGGAGGAGGAGGAGGAAGAGGAAGAAUCAAAGAUAGAAACCGAAGAUUCUUCUUUGGAGAAUAUCGUUAAAUUGGCAGCGGCCGAUAUCACCGAGGAUGAUCUUAAAACUGAGGAGACAUCGAUGGAAACAGAUGAGGUUGCUCCUACCAUACGAGAAGAGCAGACUCAAAAGAAGACUGAACAGACGGCGCCACCUAUUGUGAGCACUCAAAGGAUCCCGGUUAAGGUCACAAUGACUCCAACUCUGGUCAAGAGUUCGCCUUCUAUAUUGAACAAAGCCUUAAGCAGCUCCAACAUUCUGCGAAAGAGCUUGCUAACCUCACCUCCUCAGCCCAAGAUACAACAGAGGAUCCUGAACCCGUCGAUUACCCCCAGGAGUCAUGUGGGUUCGAUCAUGAGAGCUUCACCACGUAGCGCCAGCCUUAUCCGCACCAGACCGAUGGCACCCAAGCCCAAAUUCAACAUUGCCACAUCGUCGGGCAUCAUCAAAUCCCAGCAUGAAAUAUCACCCAGGAACGUGUACUCCAAGACCACCAUUUCGGGUGUGACCAGGAAAAUUGGCAACACCACCAUAAGGAGCACGGCGGGAGGUUUCAGUCAAAGACCCGUGGCCAGGAUUGUUCAGACGGGCACGAAUGUCCACAGAGUGUCUGUGUCCCCGAGGAAGGAACCGGUUAUGAUCCGGCAAGUGGUAGAGAGAGCCCCCGUCGUCUCUAAGCCAAAGACUGUCAUUAGCAUGCCAUCUUUAAUAGGUGACGAUGAAUCAGUACCUUCUCCACCGCCAAUAGCAGAGGUGACCAAGUCGCCCACACCCCCUGCUCCUUCUCUUCCAAUCGCGACAGCCUCUCCUGUGGCGGAUACCCCUCCAACGCUAACACCCACACCUCCCGCGGAAACGCCCGUAGAGGCGCCUAUUGAACCGGUAACAGAAGCCGGUGCUAACAACGUGACGACAGACAUUUCAUCCUUCACGCUAACCGAUAAUGAGAACCCCAUCUUCAUAACCGGAGAUGACGGGACAGUGUAUCAAGUGGCAGGCCAGAAUGAGCACGGUCAGACUAUUCUGUUAACGCAAGGCAGCGACGGACAACAGCAAUGUUUGCUAGUGACAAACGAGGUAGCAGAGACAAUGGAUACUUCAGAGGAUGCUCAGGCCGAUAUUGCAAUGCCGGAGAUACCGACUAAUGUGACGGAACCACUUUCUGUUAAGACAGACGAAGACGUGUCAGACCAGGUUGUCGCACAAGUUGUGAGAGCAGAACCACCAAGUCCAGGUGGCACCCACAAAGUGGUGGUGAUGUUGCCAGAUGGCAAUUUGAUGGUAACUCAGGUGUCUCCAGAAGAGUACGCCAGCCUAGAGUUGGAGUAAUGUUUCAGUUCAAAUAAGCUUAUUUAUAAUUUAAAGCAUGAGUUAAUUGAAAUUGAGGUUACUGGAAAGAUAGGGAUACAGCUUUAGGCCAAAUUAUUAAAGAUUUUCAGAUGGCUUGGCCGAUUCUCAGCAAUCCUUGGAUUUUUCGGGGAACUGUUUAAGUUUUUUCAAUGUUUUUUUUAUUUCAAAAAAGAAAAUAAAGUUUUUAUCACAACU